UUUUGUUUUGAUUUUGACUUUUUGAGUUGUGAUUGCGAAUUCGUAAAAUAGACCCUUUACUUUACAUAUUUUUACAUUACAAUAUAUUUUUCCUAAGGUUCGUAAUUAUAUGUUGUUUUCUUGUGGAUUAGUCUACAUAAAAUUAUGGACGAAACCCUUGUUAAACAAGAAAUAUUUGAAGAUAUUUGUACACAACAAUCAAUACAAAAUGAACAAGAUGAUUUUCUGCCAGUUGAGAUUAAGAUACAGCCUCAAUGUGACUUAAAUUACUUAUACCAAACAAACAACGAAAUAGACAUUAAAAAUAUAAAAAUUGAAGAAAAUAAAGAUGAAUAUGAUGAAGAUAAGAAAGUUGUGGAGAACAUGCAAAUUAAGAAAGAGUUGGAAGAAUGUAAUGAAGGACAUCAAGAGAAUCCGCAAUCCACAUCAGUAGAUCUUGACGUUUUGAAGCUUGAAACAGAACAAAAAGAUAACUCAGGUUUCCAUGCUGACAAAAAUGGAAUAAAGCAUAAGAAAUUACAUACUGUCGAAAAACCUUACAAGUGUGAAAUCUGUUUUAAACAGUUCACUCUAAAAGGUAAUUUAAAUAUGCACAUGAAACUUCACACAGAUGACAAAGCUCAUAAAUGUGAAACAUGCCUUAAGCAGUUUUCUCAAAAAGCACAUCUGAAAGACCACAUGAAAAUGCACAUUGGUGAAAAACCAUACAAGUGUAACAUCUGUUCUAAGCAGUUUACUCAAAAAAGUGGUUUGAAAGUACAUAUGAAAGUUCACACCGAAGAAAAAGCUGAUCAAUGUGAAUUUUGCUUAAAAUGGUUUUCGCGAAGAGAACAACUUAAAAAUCAUUUAAGAACGCACACUGGAGAGCCUUAUAAAUGUGACAUUUGCUUGAAGGAGUUUCAUAAAAGAAAUAAUUUAAGUAUUCAUAUGAAAAUUCACGCUGAAGACAAACCUUAUAAAUGUGAAGUUUGCCUGAAGGGUUUUUCUCAUAUAAGCAAUAUGAUAAAGCAUAAAAAAGUGCACACUGGUGAAAAACCUUACCAGUGUGAAAUUUGUUCGAGACAUUUUUCUGAAAGCGGAACGUUGAGAGUUCAUUUGAGAAUGCACAGUGGUGAAAAGCCUUAUCAAUGUGACAUUUGUUUGAAGCGUUUUUCUGAAGGAGCAACGUUGAGAAUUCACUCUAGAAUACAUACUGGAGAAAAACCAUAUCAGUGUGAAAUUUGUUUUAAGCGAUUUAUACAAAAUUGUAAAUUAAAUAGACAUAUGGAUGUUCACGUUAAAGAUAAAGACACUUCCUAUCAAAUAGACACACAAAGUGGUAAAAAAAUGCACACUUGUGAAGUUUGUUUGCGUCAAUUUAGUAAAAAAAGUAAUUUAAAUGUUCACACGAGAGUUCACACUGGAGAGAAACCUCAUCAAUGCGACAUUUGUUUGAAACAAUUUGGUCACAGUGGACAUUUGAAUAGACAUUUGAAAGUUCACACUAGAGAUUAACCGUAAAUGUGAGGAAGACCAAGAGUGUCAAGUAAGAAACUAUCAGUGUGGGUUUUUAGGAAAAAAUCGAUCAACAGUGAGAUCAACAAUGGAGAAAUGUUGGGAAUACAACAAUACAUUACACCAGUUUUGUAUAGAUUUUAAACAAGCAUCGUACAAGUGGAGCCGUGGAAUGUCAUUGCAGAACUAUAGUCCAGUCAUAGAUAUAAAAAAGAAGAUCGAGUCAGGUUUUGUUUAUAUUUGAUUCAGAGUUGGACCACCAUCUCCAUAUAGCUAUUUCAGCAUCCUUAUGCCUCAUCGGUGAAGCUCAGAAGUCUCAACUCUGAAGGAAAUACAAACAAUUCUGCCAAUUUAAGGCAAACCAUCGCAAUGCAAUGAACCCACCUCUGAGACGCAAUUCAGCGACAUCUCUCGUAUUACGAGGAAAACAACGAAAAGCCCCAGAUGCAAAGUUUACUACCUUUUAAACAAUUAGAAUAAUUGAAAUAAAAAUAUAAUAAACAAUAUUUUAAAUCCAAGGCUUUUCGUUAAUAAACUGCUUUCUGGCUGCAUCCCAUAUCUCCGGAUUUUACAAUAUAUAAUCACAAGAGACGACGAAAGUAGGAGAAAGCAAAUAGAGGACGCUUAGGCCACGCAUUUACCUUCCCUUCGUCAAGGAAAAGGACCGAAAGACAGUUUCUAAAUACUCUGAGUAAAAAUGAAAAAGAGUCCAGUCAUAGACUUAUAUAUUAUCAUAGACAGAGCGAAGUGACGACACCAUCUUUUUAUUUGGAUUAGUGCUGUUUCACUCUUGCGCAUAGUAAAACUGCGACAGUUGUCCUCCCCUUCCGUGCCUAUACUCACACUUAAUGUCAUCUUAGUUUCUCGAUACAAUGUCCUAGAAAGAGAUACCGCAAACCAGUCGAUGAGAUCUUGUCGUCAGGAGGCGCGGAGAGUAGGCUCAAUAUAUAUUAAUAUAUACCUAUGAGUCCAGUAAAGAAAGAAAAACAGAUGGAAAAAAACUUAUAAAGACUUUUGAAGGUUCUAAAAGGUAUAUGAAGGGAUAGCUGAUGACAAAUCAUUGAGGAUGUACAGCUGAUUUUGCUGUUUUUUUUUUUAGAAAUCAUAAAAAGUGAAAUAAUUAUGUUUUGCCUAUAAAACAUGUCUUAAAAUGGUUCAAAUAAAAGUUGUACAUCUUAAAAAGUUCUUUAAUUUAUAAGUUUCAAAAUUAAAAUACAUACAAGGUGAUUCAAUGAAACGCGGACUUGCGACAUAAACGUUGUGAAUCUAGAGAGUGGGAAGAGAGUUUAGUUAUCAUGGAGACGUGAUGGUGAACAACGCGUAUUUGCUGUGAAAGUUUAUUGCAAAAAUGGUGAAAUUUUUGUGCUUGUACCACGAGCGUUUCGUUUACAAUACCAUUUGCCGCCCCGCGCUGCAGUUUCGUCUAACAUGACUAUUAAGACUUAAGUUAGGAACUUUGAAAGUAGUGGUUCGAGAUCACAAAAAAGAGGUGGCAGUGUCAUAAGUAGUCGCACACUACAGAAUAUUGAAGCGAUGCGAAAUUCAUUACACGCAAGUUCUUGAAGAUCCCUUCGACGACUUGCAUGUAACGAAUUUCGCACCGCUUCAAUAUUUUGUGCUGUACGAGCAGUUCUGAAGAUCCCUGAGACGACCCGUAUUGUGACAUUUGUUUGAAACAUUUUUCUGAACGAGCAACGUUGAGAAUUCACUCUAGAAUACAUACUGGAGAAAAACCAUAUCAGUGUGAAAUUUGUUUUAAGCGAUUUAUACAAAAUUGUAAAUUAAAUAGACAUGGAUGUUCACGUUAAAAAUAAAGACACUUCCUAUCAAAUAGACACACAAAGUGGUAAAAAAUGCACACUUGUGAAGUUUGUUUGCGUCAAUUUAGUAAAAAAAGUAAUUUAAAUGUUCACACUGGAGAGAAACCUCAUCAAUGCGACAUUUGUUUGAAACAAUUUGGUCACAGUGGACAUUUGAAUAGACAUUUGAAAGUUCACACUAGAGAUUAACCGUAAAUGUGAGGAAGACCAAGAAUGUCAAUUAAGGGACUAUCAUUGUGGGUAUCACCAUGAUUCUUAAUCAAAACAAGAGGGUAAAAAGUGGUGUGAACCUGGUUCUUCGGUUAUUAUCGGAACGAGCUCGUGUACAGAAAUCGGCCAAGGUGUUAGCAUAAGUUUUUUGGAUGUCGAGUAUUAUGUGACUGAAAGAUAUUUAAUAAUAAAUAUAUAUCGGAUUACCUCAAGGGUCAA